UAAACAAAUGUUAUAAAGACUAUUGGAAGAAAUUAGAGAAAGAAGAAGAGAAGAAAAGUAACAUAAUGAAAACACAAUGUAUUUAAAAAUAAUAGCACAAACUGUUAAAAAAACUAUAUGUGCGUCACCCAACAUAUCAAUAUUUUCCAAAUGUAGAUUUUAUCAUGAAGCACCAUUUAUAAAACUCUAUAAAGAAGUUUCUGGUCAAUCAGUAUCUGAAAACUUUCUUCUUGAACUACAAAAAAAGAAUCCAAAAAUUUUUAACCUCACUGAAGAGCAAAUACAAUAUACUUUACAGAUAUUAAGCAAAUUUAGUAUAACUGCAGAGGAUGCAUGCCUUGAUCCACAUGUAUUUUGUAUGAACCAUUUAUUAAUGGACAAUUAUGGAGAGAUUUUAAGAGAAUGUAACUUUACAGUUAUACUUCCUAAGCAUAUAAUAAGAUAUCAUACCUUGGUCAAAUCACGAACAAUAUCCCAGUUAAAAAAAGAAGGAUUGUUAAAAGAAGAACUUAAUCUAGAACAAUUUUUACUCAAUUUCUUUUAUGAUUGGCCUAGAGAUCAAAUAAAAUUGAUGAAUUUUCCAGAAUCCAGUACCAACAUCUUAACAAUACGAAUGAGGAUUUUGGAACAAUACUUGCAACAUAAAUUUUGCAUAACUCCGGAAGAAUUUCAAAAGUAUUGUAAAAACUAUUUACCUCUAAAACAUCGACCUAUGUGUGACAUUAAGGAAGCAUUGUAUAUAGCACAGAACGACAUUAAAUUUAACAUAGAUACCAUUAGAAGAAAUGGAUUUAUCAUUUCAUCGGAUCCUACAAAUACAAAACUUAUUUUGGAGAAUGUCAAUUCAAUCGGUGAUUUAGAUAUAAGAGAAGCUAUUAAAGUGGAACCAGCUAUAUUAAAAAACCAUUAUCAAGCUGUAUUAAAAAUAAAAAAAAUAUUGCAGGAUUUUAACAUUUCAAGUGACGCACAAAGACUCUGUUUGAAAGUGUAUUGCAUGCGUCCUAGCACAGUUCAAGAGCGGUUGGAGUAUUUGGUGAAACUAAAAGAGUAUCAAGUGUUGUCAACGAAUCCAAGAGUUCUUUAUAUGGUUGUACAUGAACGGAAAAUGAUGAAUCGUUUAGGUAAAAUCCAAGCAGCUAAGAAACAAUGCUACAGUCUCAAUCAUCUCGUUGCCUCCACAAAAGUGUUCAAUACGUAUAUAAAUAGUUUUGGCAACAAAGUGUGUAGUAGAGACGUUGCAGUCUUAAUAAGUUCGUCCCUUCGCGUGGCAGGAAUCACUAAUAAGUCAGUGCUGCAUAAAUUGAAACGUCACAAAUAUUGGCUUCACACCGCUUUGAACGUUAUUGGCGAGAACAUACAAAUGCUGAAGAGGGGAUUCGCUGAUGACGUCAUAUUCGAAAACUGUCAAAUACUCCUGUACCCCGUCCAUGAAGUGGAGCAAUACAUAGAAUUCCUAAUGAAAAUUCGCGAUGGCGACUCUUCUAUAAAAGAAACUAGCAAAGUCGAAGUAGACACAACUUAUAAUAACUUAAACUGGCGGAUAGUAACCGACAACCAGAUACUAAGUCUAGUUUUGUAUGAAAUAGAAAAGAAAUACCACUUCAGUGGCGAUGGUAUUUGGAAUAAAUUAGAUGGCAGCAAAAGCAACACACACUUGUUAAAUCAAAAACUGAAACAAAAUUCAAUGAGUUGAAUGACAUUUUGUAAAUAUUCAAAAGUUUAAAUUU